AUGGAGGAAUUUUGCUACAGCUUCGAGCAGGAAGACUCCACUCCCGAAUUUCUUUUCUGGGACGAGACAGAUGCCAGCGCUCAGCUGGACAGCCUCCUCCUGGACUGCUGCUCCCCGGCAGAGCAGCCCUCCCCCUGGCCCUCCCCUGCUCGCCCCCCGGCCCCGGGCGGCGCGGCGGGGCGGGCGGGGGGUGCUGAAGUGGACAGCGCCCCGCCGCCACCGCCCCGCGGCCCCCGCCACCAGCGGCGCGCCGCCAACCUCCGCGAGAGGAAGAGGAUGCUCAGCAUCAACGCGGCCUUCGACCAGCUCCGGUGCCGCGUACCGACCUUCCCGUACGAGAAGAGGCUCUCCAAAAUCGACACUCUCCGGCUGGCAGUUGCCUACAUCGCUCUUCUUGGUGAGAUCCUCCUCUCCGGAUGCGAUCCCAAAUCCUAUGUGGAGCAGUGCCUGAAGAACGGUUUGCAAAGCCAACAGCGGGCGACCUGGAAUACCAGCGGUGAGUGA